CGAGAGAGAGAGAGAGAGAGAGAGAGAGAGAGAGAGAGAGAGAGAGAGAGAGAGAGCAAAAGAAAGAGUGGGCAGCCACUCUGGUGCACUCUGGUGGAUCUUGCAUCGGCGUCACUGUUGCUUGAUCUCCAACAGUCCACACUGAAACUACUACUCUGAUCCCAGUGGACGUUUUUUUUAAAUGGACACGGGCGUAUUUUCUUCUGAAAAACAUUUUUUCCACACUUCAUGUUAAUGUUCCCGGAUUCAUGAAAGUGCUGCAACUCUGUGAGCUAAUAUUGUCUCAGCAUUGUCGACAGUUUGGUUGUGGAUACAUCUUUUUUUUUUUUUUGGAGAACAUGCUGUCGUUGCCUACACCAGAAGAACUUCCACUGACAAUCACGUCUCGGCCAUCACGUCUGGAAACAUGGAAACUGCCUUUUGAGCACUGCCAAACAAGACUGCCAUGCUGUGAAAUGUAAGCAAGUAACGGCAACGUAAAGAAAAACUUUUAUUUUCGUGAGCAGAUUUAUGAUACUUGGAAGAAGUGCAGAUACUUCCGUUUUGUUAACUUUGACCUGAAAAACACAAACUUGGCUUAUGAUAAUGGACGUCAACCUGAGCACUUCAGCGUCCUAUGUGAUCAACAGAACCGAACCGUACCACCCAGCGGCGGGACCCUGGAGCCUCAUCGUCCUGGUCAUCAUCAUACUGACUAUAGUGGUGGGAAACCUGCUAGUCAUCAUCGCCGUGGCUCGCACUUCACAGCUACAGACGACGACAAACAUUUUCAUCAUGUCCCUGGCGUGCGCCGACCUCAUCAUGGGGGUCCUAGUGGUGCCUCUUGGGGCCACCAUUGUUGUGACGGGCAACUGGCAGCUCAGUAACACCUUCUGCGAGUUCUGGACGUCUGUGGAUGUCCUGUGUGUGACAGCAAGCAUCGAGACGCUCUGCGUCAUAGCAGUGGAUCGGUACAUAGCCAUUACGAGGCCGCUCCGACACAAGGUUCUUCUCAACAAGUGGCGCGCCAGGGUGAUAGUUUGUUUAGUAUGGGUUUUGUCCGCUUUAAUUUCCUUUGUACCAAUUAUGAACGGGCUUUGGCACGACAAGCACGACGAAGAAGCGCAAAAGUGCUACAAUGACCCGACAUGCUGUGACUUUGUGACCGACAGGGCCUUCGCUAUUAUCUCUUCCAUAGUGUCCUUUUACAUUCCACUGCUCAUAAUGAUAUUUGUGUAUGCCAAAGUCUUUCUAAUAGCCACACGGCAGGUCCAGCUCAUAGAUAAGAAUCGCAUGCGUUUCCAGAACGAUUGUCCAACGGCGCAGGUGCAAGUCGUCCACCACAUCAACAAUGACCUGCAAAUGGCGUGCGCAGGCUCCAGCGGCUGCAGCGCGGCACGGAGAAAGAGUGCCAAGCGGAGGCCGUCGCGGCUGAUGCUCGUCAAAGAGCAUAAGGCCCUCAAAACUUUGGGGAUCAUCAUGGGGACCUUCACCGUAUGCUGGCUGCCGUUUUUCGUCGCCAACAUCAUCAACGCAUUUGAAAGAGACAUUCCCUCCGAGAGGAUCUUCCGACUAUUAAACUGGCUGGGUUACAUCAACUCCGGCCUCAAUCCUAUCAUCUACUGCAGGAGUCCAGAGUUUCGAACCGCGUUCAAGAACCUGCUGGGCUGUCCGUGGCUGUCAACCAUGUGGGUCAAUACUUUCUACAAAGAGCUGCGGACUCGCUGCUCCUGCUUUCUGUGGCAGGCUGAGUCAGGCACGGCCGGCUCUUACCAAAAGUCUCCGACCUGUAAGACUGAGGGCAGCGGGAGUCUGGCCAGUACUCUUGGAAGCAGCAAAAGUGACGGCAGCAUACAGUUCAGUGACUUAACUGAGCCAGAAUCCAAAUUCUUCACAUUGCAGGAAAAGGACGGAUGAACUGUGAUGAUGAACCAGCCGUUAGUGUGAUCCCUGCAAAGGCUGAGACCAAACAGCAGGGAGGACAGGCUGAAGAAGAGCACAGCCGGCAGCUCUGAUAAACCUGGCUGAAUGUAGCUAACCCCAAAAAAAUUACUGGAUCCACUGAAGAGAAACAGCUGAUUUGGUCUGGACAGGAACACUGUGACCGUCUCUGUGGGCAGGAGACGGACUGCAGCAGCUCAGCACUUUACAGACAUUAGGUGACAACAAAGUAUCCUGAACUGCACGUUUGAAAUGCAUUCCAGUUGACCUUUGGACACAGUGUAUGUGGCCUGUGGUUUCAAAAAUGACAGCACGGACUAAUGUUUUACAGUAUAUUAUCUGGUAAGUUAUUUUGAUACACUGAAUCUGUAGCAAAACACAAAAGUUUGUUUUUUUAACUUAUUACAUGGUCAUGAUUCUGGCAUGGCUGUCUUCACUGUCAUGGCACAAACUUGUCAGCGUAAAAUAGGAGCUAAACCAAAGGGCUGUGUGCAUUCAAAUAUUCAACAAUACUGGUGUCUGUUUUCAGUCUUGGUCGUUCUGUUUUUGAGCCUAGACUCUGCAUCAACACAAUAGUUAUCAUGCUUUAAUCUCUUCGUCUAUGUUAAGGUAUACCAUGGCUAUGGAAAAUGUCCAUUUCCGAUUGGUUGGCUGUUUACAUCUUACAUCAGGACAACUCAAACAUAAUUCCUGUCAUCAGUUAACCAUUACUAUAAAUUACUGUGCAAGGUACAGAAUUACAAACUGCAGGUGGCCAACAUAACACUCCUGCUACAAGCUAUCAGUAAACUCCCUACCUUCACAACACAGUCUCACUUCCAGUGCAUCAAGUUAGGAUUAACUGUCCCGUAACUGUUGUUUUGACCCAUCCACCACCCCAACAUGCCUCCUUACACAGAUUUUCAGUCUUUCAAACUACUCAUUAUCAUUAUCGCUUGUCAUACUACGUCAUCUUACAGCGCCGUGGUCGAACCUUUUAGGGCUGGGUUUAAAAAAAACGAUAUUCCGAUUUUCAUUUGAAUGAUCCAAAAUCGCUUCGUAAAAUCCAAGAACCGAUCUUUGUCUGUAUCACAUGAAACUAAAAGACCAUUGGUACCGACUAUGUCAUACUAGCGUGGCAGGAAGGGGGGGGGUUACCUAAUAACCCUCCAAAGAUAGGCUACAUUUUGGUGAGGGAAAACAUGGCCAUUUUCAUAGGGGUCCCUCUGUUACCUUUAGGAUAUCUAAAUGAAAUGUCACUCAAAACUCACUGAGUGUAGAGUCUGUAGAUCGGCACUUUAUUGUGUGUUUAUGUUAAAUAAAAAGUACAUUAAUGUAACUGCAAUUAAUGUAAUUGUAAUGUAAUGGAAACAAUUGUAGAAUCUCUUUCAUCCCUAAGCUAAAUUAGUAUUGUAACUGAAAUGUUCCUAACCUAAUUGAUAUCAAAAUCAAAAAUAAAAUUGAAUUGGAAUAAAGUCGAAUCUGGAAUAAAAUCAAUCCCUGACGAUAGCCAGCCCUAGUUACCUUUUGCGUCGGUAUCUUUCGCUGAGCAGCCACUGACCAAGCGUCAGUAUUUGACGAGUUGGGAGUGAGAAUGGGUUGACCUUUGGUAAGCGGCCAUGGUAGAAGUUCAAUAGCACACUCCGAAAUGUCCAAAUAAAAUAAUGGACUUAAUGGAUGAAACAUCGCCUUCGCCUCAUCCAUUAUUGUGUUACAUCGGGACACCUUGUCUUUCAUUAUCACCCACAUUACAUCAUCUGUUGCAUUGACAAAUAAAAUAUUAUGAAACUGUG